AUGAGUCGUCUCUCAUGGACGGACGUGACCUAUACUGUGAAUGCAAAGAGUUCCAUGUGGCCUUUCGCCAAGCGAUCAAGGAACCCCGAUGCCCCUAGUAAAGUGAUGCUACUCGAUUCCAUCUCUGGUCAAGUCAAGGGUGGUGACAUGUUGGCCAUCAUGGGUCCUAGCGGUGCCGGCAAGAGCACUCUUCUCGAUGUGCUGGCUGACCGCAAGCAAGCAACCUCUGGCUCGAUUAAAGUGCCAGGAGAUCACCCAGUGAAGAGCAUCUCGAAUUAUGUCGAGCAGCAUGACGCCUUACUUGGUGUCCUUACCGUUCGCGAAACUCUUUGGUACUCUGCCAAGUUGAGUAUGGACAAAUCGUCAACAGCGGCGGAAAUCAACGAACGUGUGGACGCUGUCCUAGAUGGCUUGGGUCUGCGCGGUGUGGCUCAUAACAAGAUUGGCACACCCAUUCAGCGUGGCAUCAGUGGUGGCCAAAAACGUCGCGUCACCAUUGGAUGCAGCUUGGUAGCGAUGCCUUCGCUACUGUUCCUAGAUGAGCCUACAUCCGGUUUGGAUAUCCACACGGCCUACGAAGUGAUGCACAGCAUCCAGCAGUUUGCUAAGAUGUAUGAUAUUGCUAUUGUGGCCACGAUUCACAGUCCCAACUGGGACAUCUUCCGUCUCUUUUCGAAUGUCUUGCUGCUGGCCCAUGGUAAAACCGUAUACACAGGACCCAUUGAACUGGUGGCACCGUACUUCGAGGCGAACGGCCAGCCAUGCGGCACAUUUACAAACCCAGCGGAUCAUAUGAUGCGCCUUGUCAGUGACGAUUUUAAGUUGGUCGAGAAAACAGGCGACAUGGAAUCGGAUGCGAACCAUGGCUACGGUAUGACCGUCCUGCAAUGGGCUGAGCGCUGGAAGACCACAGGCGAGCAAUUUUUGCACGACCGCACGCAUGUGGACAAGCCAGAGCACAAUAUGAGCAAUGAUAACAUGCAUGAUCUGCGCUUCAACAAGCACAGUUUCUGGGGUACGACGUGGACACUGUCUCGCCGCAAUCUGCUCAACUACCGGCGAAAUCUGCUCGCCUAUGGUGUGCGUUUUGGCAUGUACAUUGGUAUGGGUGUUCUGCUAGCUACCAUCUGGGUCAAUCUACCGCAAAAUGAUACACAUGUACAAGACCGCCUGUCUGUGCAUUUCUUCUCGGUGGCAUUCUUGGGCUUUAUGAGCGUUGCAGGUAUCCCAAGUUUCUUGGAGGAGCGCGGCGUGUUGCUGCGUGAGCGUUCCAAUGGCUUGUACGGCCCUGGGCCCUUUACAUUGGCGAAUACAAUUGUCUCACUGCCGUUCCUGUUCAUCUGUUCGCUGGUGUUUGCUAUUCUGUGCUAUUGGUCGAUUGGGCUGCAUCCUGGAGGCGUAGCCUUUUGGCGCUGGCUCGUGUUCCUGUACCUGGGCAUAUUGGCAGCAGAGAUGCAAUCACUCCUCAUUGCGGCUCUCGUCCCGAUCUUUGUGGCUGCAUUGGCGUUGGCUGCCUUCUUGAAUGGGUUCUGGAUGUGCACACAAGGCUACUUCAUCCGCACCGUCAAUUUGCCUAGAUUUUGGUACUACUGGGCACACUUUAUCAACUACGAGACAUACGCAUUUGCUCUCUUGGCACGUACAGAUCUAAUGGGGCUCCAAUUCCCAUGCAACGACUGCACAUGUCAAUGGCCUGUCUCGGCGGAAGACAAGUGUGCGUCGUCAGGCGACUCGAUUAUCAAAGGUCUCCAGCUCAACGAAGUGGACCUUGGUGGUCAGGCUGCCAUCCUUGUAUGCAUCGUGAUUAUCUACCGCCUGGUGUUCUACGCCAUCUUGAAACUCCAGCGUGCCUGA